AUGAGUAUUAUCUUAGUGUCGGUAGUAAUACUGUUUUUGACUUUCGUCAUUCUAUACUGGCUCAAAAGUAAUGAAACAGAACAGCUACCACUACCACCAGGACCUUCAAGAUGGGAAUGUCUCAAACUAUUCAAAUAUUUGUUACGAAGCGAAGAUGCUAAGAUGCAUGUUGUCAUGGAUGAUUUAUACAAGCAAUACGGAGAGAUAGUGACAUUUAAACUUCCAGGCACGUGUAUGGUUUUCUUAAAUAGUGCCCAAACUAUACGGAAGCUAUUCACAUCUGUGGCCUAUCGUGAUGUGACAGCUGAUCGACCUCCGUCCUUCUUCAAGACGAAUUUAUCACAGAAAGGUAGUGAUAUUAUUUUAAGAGACUAUGAUGCGGUGCAGAUGAAAUUGCGGAAGAUGGUACACACCACCGUAAAGCUUUAUGGAGAGGGAAUCCAGGUAUUUGAGGAGAUGGUUGGGUCUGAAAUUCGGCUGUUAGAAAAAUCUAUGACAGCUGAUGGUGAUGAUACCACAGUUAAAUCUUUUGAUAUUGAUGCAGCAUUAACAACAUCAUUGAUACGGAUUAUAUACAUAUUUUUAAUUAAUGAAACCCCAGAAGAUACAGAAAAGGUCGUUGAAGCGGUAGACAGAUUUGAUAAAGCUUUGAUUAAAAUGUUCCAAAUAGAAGUUAAUCUGAUGUUUACAUUAUUUCCAUGGUUACGCUUUAUACCAGGUCCCAUAAAGACAUCAUAUGAUUAUUUUAUUUCUAGCUUAUAUGCCAUGAGAAGUAUAUUUCUAAAUCCAGAAAUGAUAAAGACCCAAGAACAUGAUAAAGAUAUGACUGAAGAAACAGUUCAAGGUAUACUAGGUAAUAUAAUAACUGCUGGAUUUGUGACAACGAAAGGAACAUUAAGUGGAUUUUUCCUUCUAAUGUUAUACCACCCAGAUGUUCAAAAGCGUAUCCAAGAUGAAAUAGACGAUAAAAUAGGCGAUAUGGAAAUUACAAUACAUGAUAGGCAACACAUGCAUUACACAAAUGCAGCCAUCUUGGAAACUUUACGGUUUAUCCGUCAUGUUCCCUAUGGUGUACCUCAUUGUAACAGGAUGGAUGUAGAUAUUGAUGGUUACAGGAUUCCUGCUAACUCAACGAUUUUUACCAAUUAUUGGUCAAUGGCUUAUUCAGAAAAACACUGGGAAAAUCCCGAACAGUUUAAUCCAGAUAGAUUUCUUGACGAACAUGGGAAAAUAUUACCACUUGAUCAUCCGACUAGACAACAAUUUAUUCCGUUUGGAGUUGGUAGAAGAAGUUGUCUUGGUGAAUCAUUUUCUAAAUCACGCAUCUUUCUUUACGUUACAUCUUUACUCCAAAAGUUUACUUUCACGAAAGGUGACGAUCCAUUGCCUUCUAUGUACUCAGAAACUUGGGGCAAUGAAUCAACACUUCUUCCUGGCUCAUUUAAGUGUACUGUUACAAAGCGACUAUCACCUUAA